AUGGAGGAUCUUUGCAUGGAUAAAUCAAACGAAAACUUAGAUAGUAACAAGGAUACAUGGAAACCAGCACCGAAACUCUCCUAUGCAGCAAUUACGGCAAACGGUCCUAACAAGGACUCAAACCCUUCAGCAGCAUUGAAAGAACAGGAGAUCACAUUCAAAGAGGGAGAUGUGACGAUUGACAGAUCUAGAGACUUCCCAAAGAUAAGCUUCUCUAAUCGUGUUCAUGAUCUUAUGGAUCAAAACAUGAAACAAACGAUUAUCGUACGCUUGUUGGGAAAGAAGAUCGUCAAACUCGAGCGCAUAGAAGACCAUACCAAGGCACUCACAGAAGGUCCAUGGACAAUCUAUGGAAACUAUCUUACGGUACAACCCUGGAACAGAGAAUUUUGUUCACCCAGUCUUUCUUUAUCCCACUUUCUGGGUCUGGGUUUAACCUCUAAGUUUUGUUUUACGUACUCUAGAAGGAUGAUGUUGCAUUGUCUUCAGCCCGGAAAGCUCCAAUCCAAGAAGAUUAUUUUUGAAGAUGUGUUUUCUGCGCGUGAUUCUGCCACACUUGAACAUCUGAAGGAGUUGAGCUCUAGACGUACAGUAAUCGAGGAGUCCAUUAAUCAGAGCAGCUUCAUUACUGAGGCUGUUGCAAGAGAAAUGUCUGGAGGCUUGACUUCUCAUUGUCUAAGGGACCUUCAGAAAUUGGAGCAAUACCUGCCACUGUUGGAGAACUUGAUUUUUCAUGUUGAUUUGGUCUGCAACAACCACUAUGUUGUUCGUUGGAUUUCAGAACUUAAGAUCCGUUGGAGUAGCGCUAUUAUCUCAUCGUCUUUCUUUAACCUUAGGGGUCCAAAGUUUUUUCAAAUUGAUAAUUUGCGUUAUGAGCUUGGUACGACCCUUUACCUUUAUGCCGCAUUGCUUCGGGAGAGGGCUAUAGAAAUUCUUCCAACAGAUUUGGUGCAAUCCGCCACUCUUUUCAGGGAAGCAGCUGGUGUUUUUCAGCAUCUUGCUGUUGAGAUUUUUCCCUCAUUACAAUCUGCACAGUCGGUAGAAAGGCCACCGGAAGCAACUCCAUCCAUUUGCACUGUUAUGAGUCUAAUUUGCUUGGCUGAAGCCCAGGCUGUAACCAUAAGGAAGGCUGAAGAAAAAGGAACAACUGUUGGUCUUUUGGCAAAGUUGCAGUGUGGUAUUAUAGAGUUACUUGGUGAAGCCACUGCUAUUCUAUAUUCAAAUACUGGAGAGUGCAAAGAUAUUUCGUCGAGUUUUCUGGAAUUUAUUCAUCUUGCAAAGCUCUACAUGAGUUAAGAAGUCUGAAAUACCUUGCAGAAAGUCUAAAGAUAGCUGAGCAACUUGGAGUUGCUGUUGGAGUUCUUCGCGAUGCACUAAUCAACGCAAAGAAGAAAGUUCCAGGAGAAGAAUCCUGGAGAUCCAUCUUCGGAGAAGAAAUCGAUGCUGCUGCUGACGUGCUACGGAAAUUCGAACACGAGAACGAUUUCGUUUGGCAUGAGAAGAUCCCCACCGGAGAUGAGUUGCCAAGACUACAAGGUAACAAGAUUGUCAACGCGAUACCGUGUAAUCCCAAAAGGUGGGAGAGAGAACUUAGUUUCAAGAUAUAAAUGUACAUAACAUUUUGUGUGGUAAAAGUUUUCUUGGAUUUGAGAGAGGAAAUGCUCACAGCUUCCUGGCCUUCUUAAUUUGUAGUUACCACCAUGUUUUAAAAACAGUCCAUAUAAACAAGGGAUUUACAGUGUGUUGAAUGCCAAGGGUUUAGAUUUUUACAGUCUUUAAUUUGUAGUUUUCAAUGCUUUUUGUAACAUUUUGGUAGAAAGUAAGG